GGAAGUGGGACUUGCCGCAGAAAGGAUGUGCACUAGAGGUGCGAUUCACGUUUAUAUCGGAGCCCCCAUCAUAGCCCCGGCUGCGCCAUGUGGAAUAGAGGGACCCGUUUCAGAAGGCCACGCAGCAGUUUGGGAAGACAUCCCAUUUACUCAGAAGAUGCAGGAUGCGGCCUUACAAAGUGGCCACCUAAUAUCUUCACACCAGGUGCUGAAUGGAGGUCACACUGGAAAGGCUGAGCCUGUAAGACAUGCGUGUGAUGGUCACCCAGUACUGGCGGAGCAGUUUGGCAGAACUUGUAACCAAGAGUGUGAUUUUGGGCACAAAGUGGUUACGGAUGACAUAGCAAUUGUUUCAGAUUUGGUUUCUAGCACAGAACUCUGUCAUAUAACACAUGCUGUACAGAAACCUGUAGGAAAGGAGGGCGAGGAUCAAAAUGAAUACCAAGACCCUAAUGUCAUCGAAAGUGAUGUCUGCCGUACAAUAUCUGCUGAAACUGAGUUCCUCGCCGUCCUGACAUCUAGUCAACUUGCUGUAAAAUGUCCAGACAACAACGGAACAAAAGGCGCCAAUCAUACUGAACUGAGUAGGUCAGAAUUGAUGGCACCAGAUAUCUUAGUGGAGGACCUCACCACAGGAUCUGAAUCUCAGGGAAGUUUUACCUGCUCCUCUGAUCUCUUCACAACCACAUCUGAUGAAUUGCUUAACAAAAAGUCAUUUGACUCUCAGACAAAGGAGGAGGAGGGAUUGUUACUAAUCAAAGAUGAGUCCGCUGCACUGCUAGGUAAUCAUGCGGAUUAUCUUGGGAGUGCAAGCAGCAAAAGGAAGAAAGAUUUCACCGCUUCCUCGGCACCUUCUAACCAUAAACAGCAAUCUAAGAAAUCGAAACAAUCCACAUCACCAGUAAAGUAUACUAUGGAAAGGCAUGAACGUGGCCAGCCGACUCCUGGAAAGCCAUUGACUCUUCUGAAUCAUUGCUCUGAAAAGAACAAAGACUACAGUAUCAUGGUGGUGGUGUUGCAGCCCUGUCAUGUAAAAGAAAUCAAGGUCAAAAGUGGGCCAAGUAUUGGUUCCACUCUUCCAUUAGCAACAAUUGUUGUUAUGGACCAGUCUGAGGUUAAACAGAAAGUGUUGAUGUGGAGAACUGCUGCAUUUUGGAGUUUAGCUUUACUUCCCGGUGAAAUAAUUGUGCUGACAGAUGUAUCCGUUUGUGAAGAUAGGUGGACGGGAGAGAUUUUUCUUCAGUCUAGCUAUAGAAGUAAACUAAUUAAUUUUGGAAGCUGUUCUUCUCUCCUCUCGGGAGAAAGCUCUCAUCCUGUAGAGCGUUCUACUGUGAAGGAGUUACUAGACUACCUUCAGAAAAAGCAUUCCUAUUUAAGUGAGCUUUCUCCACGACAGCCCCAGAGGCUAGAACACAUACACCACGUAAGCCUUGCUGAUCUUCAGCCAGAAUUAUUAGUCCAUGCCAUUUUGAAGGUGAAUAACAUUUCCAUUCUUAAGGAAUCUACAUAUCAUUUUAAAGGAUUGCUGCAAAAUAAAAUCAUUCUUACUGUUGAACAAGUCAAAGGGCAAGCAAGUACAUUGGUACUGUGGGGAACGUGUGUCACAUGGAGUGAUCAGAUCCACCUUAAAAAAGAUCAUAUCUGGAUCUUUAAAUACUUACUCUGUAAGAAGAACAUCAUUUCAGGAGAUCUGGAAUUACACACUACCCCUUGGUCAUCCUGUGAAUGUUUGUUUGAUGAUGACCAAAGGGCUCUAGAUUUUCGGAAGAGGUACAAUAUAUCCUCAGCAAAGCAUAUGAGCCUUUUGACCAUGAUUGAUGACAGGUAUUCAGGAGAAAUCCAAGUUAGAGGUAGUAUAAUGCAAAUAGAAUUUAACAUUUCAGACAAGCACAAAAUAUUAAUAAAGCAUGAAACUUCCAUUUCUGACAUUCUGAAGUCUCUGCCUGAUAUUAUAUACACAGGGUGUGGGAAAUGCAGAAGAGAGCUAAGGAUUGAUGACAACAAUGUGUAUGAGCAGUGUUACGUGUGCCUACCCUUCAACCAUGUAAGAAGUUUCUAUAGAUCAGCACACAUGACUGUGGUGGGUGACGACUGUUGUGUACGCGUCCAAGUGCCACCAGAUAUUCUUGAGAUUGUGUUUUUAAACAUCUCCCCUAACCUAUUAGACAAGGUUUUUUCCAGCUGUACAGAUGUCACAUAUGGGACAGUGGUGGCAGAUCUGUGCUGCUCCCUGUUAGCACAGACUGGAGAAUCUUUUGUGUUUACUAUAAGAAGUCAGUUCAUGCUUGAUGAAAACAGCAUAACAUUGGAGGCGGACUUUCACCUUUCAGAUUUCCAUCUUGACUGUAUAUAAACCUUGUUAGAUGACGUGAUUACACACAUGUACAAAUACGAUUGUAGCAUUUGUAAAGCUGAAGAUUUAUUUUUAUAAAUAUAAGCAAUAAAAUAUGUAUUUUCAGGCA